AAUCCAUGAAUGAAAACGUGCGUCGUGUUGUCACAUUCGUUUAUUUUGGUUGAUCUCGUGAAGCUUUGGCUAGACUCUCGCCCUAGCAACCAUCAGGGGCAGUUGUUUUGAAAUUGUCAAGGUGAAACUAUUAUCUGGUGAAAAAGUGCUGUAGAAUAUCACAUCUGUCCGACACUUUUAUUGCACACAGUAAAGUGUUUACAGAUUUUGCAUUGAGAGAGUACCCACUUAUUCCAGCUUGUGGUGCGAUAGUGCAAUGCGAAAAUGUCCGCAGCGAGUGCUGCUUUGCGGUAUCUGCUCAUAUGCUGGAUGCCGCUGGUUUUAGUUCAUAGUCAAACAUGUUCCGAAAAACCGUGGGAAGUCGUGCAUCGAAGGUUGGCCACGAAAACACCGUAUCGACAUAUACAUCGAGAUCGUGGAGCAGCAUCAGUCGCCUUCGAUGGCUGCCGGGUAAGCAAAGUUUGGGGUUUGUUCCGACAUGGAACUCGAAAUCCUUCUCAGAAGGUUAUUGAGGCAAUGAACAACGAUUUGGUUGGCAUCAGGGAUGACAUUCUACAUCAUGGAAAGCUGUGCCAAAAGGAACUUGAUAUGUUUAGAUUGUGGCGACCCAUGCUGACACCCGAACAGGAAAAGUUGCUGGUAGAAGAAGGAGCGGACGAAAUGUUGCAAAUUGGGCAAAGAUUUAGACAACGCUACGGUGAAGUUUUGCCAAUAAGAUAUCAGCAAGGAGAUUUUUACUUUAAGUUUACCAAAACAGAACGAGCGGAAAACAGCGCUAAAAAUUUUAGUUUGGGUUUAUUCGAUAGAGUAGAGAAUAUAAACUACCCUAAACCACUAUCUAAAGAUCCAGUUCUGAGAUUCUAUAAACUAUGUGAACGCUGGAAAGUUGAUAUCAAGCACAAUGCCGAAACGGUUCGUGAAGUAGAUUUGUUCUACAACAGUAAGGUGAUGAAAGAAGUUGUAGGUAAGAUUUCCAAAAAAGUUGGAACGUACGUUGACGCGGACAGUAUAUAUCUUAUGUAUCAGACGUGUGCCUUCGAGACAGCCUGGACCAAGCGGCACGUCUCUCCGUGGUGUCUGCUAUUUGACAAGUCUUCCCUAAAGGUACUGGAAUUCGGAGAAGAUUUGGAAUACUAUUGGAUCGACGGUUAUGGACAUGAAUUGACAUAUCAGCAAGCAUGUGCCGCUUUCCAAGAUUUGUUUCGGCGGUUCGAUGAGGAUCUAGAGCCUUUUACCUUCUAUUUUACCCACUCUGGAACGCUCUUGAAAGCCAUGGCUUUCCUCGGAUUAUACAAAGAUGACUUUGUUUUAACGCAUAAAGAUUUCGACCGAAGAAGACAAUGGAAGGUGAGCGAAAUUGACGCUUUCGCUACCAACCUUGUGUUUACUAAAUUCGAGUGCUCUAAUGGUACUCAUGUCAUGCUGACACACCAAGAACGACCCAUUUCGAUUCCGGGUUGUCCCCGUGGUCAAAGCCUCUGUGAUUAUACAACAUUCAGGCAGAUAUUUAACGACAGGAUAGAGCAAUGCGCUUUCAAAUCGAUGUGUACGCUCAACGUGCCUCAAAAUGAUGAGUUGUGAUGAGCGUAGUAAAUAUAUAAAAAAAAAACAA